UUGUGUGUGUAAAAUCAUCUGAUCAGCUCAUUGCUAUAUAUGCAGUCAGGUGAGUUUGUUGUAUUUAACCAUGAGCAGGUUUUUUUCUUUAAAUUCACACAAGUGCUACACCACGUGGCGAAGCUCCUGACCUGCUAAUGCAAUGUUCAGUGUUCACCACUCUUAUGAGAUUUACACUGAUGCAGUGUUCAACACUCUUUUUUGAGAUUUGUGUAAUCUAGUGUAUUCGGUCAGCCCUGUAGGUUUCGAAUUAGAAUUGAACUCUGUAUAAGUUCACAAAGUGUGUACUGCCCUUGUGUUCCUUUAAAUCAGUGGUUCUCAAAGUGGAGUUUAUGGGGUUUUUUUUGUUUGUUUGUUUGUUUUUUUUUUCUUGUACUGUUACCAGUUAUGUUAUUGAGAUCCUAGUUAUUAUAAGAUUAUUAUAAAUAGCCUAUAUUGCUUAUUUGACUGGUUGCUUGAAUUAAAUGGGUUUAAUCCAAAGUCCAUAACUGUAAAGCACCUAGGCCUGUAAUUGUCAGUUUGCACAAGUUCUGUUUGUGUGUUAUUGUGCACAUUUGAUUUAAUAAGCCUAAUAUUCGGAAUUGUCGGAAAAUGCAUGAUGGCUUGGGGAGGGUGUCAGUGGAUUGUUUUUGACAGCUAGUGAUCCCUUGCUGAGAAAAGUUUGAGAACAACUAAUUUAAAUUAGGGUUUCCUAAUUGGGGGUUACAUUAAACUAUGUGUGUGUGUGUAUAUGUAUGUGUAUAUAUAGAUAUAUAAAAUAUAGUAGUAAUACAAAAAGCAUAGAUGUAUUAUGCUUUACAUAAAUUUAUUUAUUACAAGUUUCAUUUAAUAUUAGCACUUCAAGUCUCACGAGGUCUUUAGGCAAAUAAUAGCAAGUUGUGUGUAAAAGUAAUCUUGAAAUUUGACAGACACGCCCCUUUUCAGUGUCUCACACAAGCCACGCCCACUCAGCACAUAUCUGCUGCUGGAAUCUAGCAGGUGAAACAGAGCAGCUCGGAUCUUCCAAACAUGAGUCUUCCUGACAUCAAAUCAGCACGGAAACUGGCAGUCGAGCCUUUACAGCAGUGCUCCGUCGUGCAGCUGAAUGUCGGUGGUCAGGUAUACACCACCACCCUGGUGACCCUGCGCAAAUUCCCCACCUCGAAGCUGGCUGAGAUGUUCAGUGUGCCUCCCAAACUUGUAAAGGAUGCAGAGGGUCGCUUUUUUAUAGACCGUGAUGGGACACACUUUAAGGCGAUUCUUGAGUACCUCCGUUCAGAGGAGGUCCCUACUAAGAAUUUGCUGGAGGUUCACAAGGAGGCAGUGUACUAUGAUAUAAAACCCCUGGUGAAACUCCUGGAGGAGUCGCCACAGUUUUUUGGUGAGAAGGUAGGAAGGCAGCAGUUUUUGUCCCAUGUGCGCAACUACCACGAGAACCUGGAAGUCCUCAUCAGGGUGGGCAGAGCAGAAGCCAUGGCUUCGCGAUACUCCACAAUAAUCAUGUGUGUCCUAAAGACAGAGGAUGACCUGGCGAGGUACAGUGACGCUAUGGUCAGUCUUGAUACAAGAAAGGAAUCUAUUGUGAGUUUUGGCCCAUGGAAUGCUCAAGCUUCUGUGGAGGAUCUUCUGGAUUGCAUAAAAAUGGACAUAGAGGCAAAAGGAUAUAAAGUGAGCAUUAAGCCACACAGCACAGAGAAAGGCUUUCUGUUUAAGAGCCAUGAUUUCUUCUAUAAGCUGACUUUUACUUGGUGGUGACUAGUAAAUGUGGUUCUGCCCUUGUAAGUGUGAGUGGAAUGUAUUUAAAUAGUGGUACACAGAGGUCAUGAAUCUUUAUAAAAAUCCACCUACCAAACACUUCAGAUAAGAACAUCAUGUUAUCUAUUAGUCUACAAGUCCCACCUAUAUUGCAGACAUGUGUCAUAUAGGGUUCAUUCAGGAUCUUUGCUGGCAGCUGUAGCCACCCUUGUUUAAUAUUUACUCUAGUUUGUACCAGCCCAUUACAUCAUGUGACCUUAAUGUGCUCACAAAAAUUCUUUUGCAGAGUUUCCAAGAAUCUGAUAUAGCAUGGACAGAACAUUUCUCUCAUACUAUAGCAGUGACAAAGUGUACAAAAUAUUUUAUAUCUUAAGUAAGGAAUAACACACAACAGGGUGUGCUGUUAUAGGAAAAGAAUUAAUGCUGGCAUGGUGUGACACAGCCCAACAUGAUUUUAUUAUUUUCCUACAGCUGCAUGUUGCAAAUUGUUUUAUUCCAUUUAUACCACAGCGAUUUGCCAAAGAUUACAAAUUUUAAUGUGUUAAUGAACGACAUUGUAUUUUUUAACCAUUUAUAGUUACAACUGAGUUCAUGCUGUCACAUACUCCACCCAAAAAUUUUAAAUAAAUUUCUCCUUACAGAACACUUCACCAUAUCAGUGUUUAUGUUCAUUAUUAAAUAAAAACACAUUUUAAAAUUUGUUUAUUAUUAGGCCUAGAUUAUAUGGAGCAUCUGCCAUACAAGUCCCUGUGACUGAGCUGCAUUGAAUGGAUAAUUUAUUAGAAACAUUAAUGCAUAGUGCAUUAAUAUAAACAUGUCAUUUGAAAUACUGGAACAAGUGUCAGAGUUGCUGUUAUAGAAAAUUAAUCGACAACAUCAGUUUCUAUAAUUCAUCAGCAAUGUGGUAUAAUGUGUGGUAUUUGUAAUAGAAGUGAAUGUGUGUGAAUGAUCACUUAAUGUUCUUAUAUAUUUAUAAUGAUUAGGUUUUCUAAUGGGUCUCUGUUUAACAUGUUUAACUUAUAAGAAGGUAUAUUUACAUCUCAUAUAGCUUUAUUCAGAAAUGAUGAGCAGUACUGGAUAAUAGUUAUUAUAGCUCACAUUUUUUAAAUUUUAUUAUUGUGUACUUUAUUGUUGAUAUUUCAUACUGUAUCAGAAAUAACUGGUUUCAGAUUAUCGUUGAUUGUGUGCUUAGUGCUUUAGCAUAUAUUGUUCUGUACUUUUUCUAUAUUUCAACCUGUGUAUGGAUGUAAUGUUUACAUUUUUAAGCAUUUUUCAACCUGUUGUUUAUAUUGUUUAACAUUAUAAUGGUCACAUUAAUUUUGUAACCACUCACAUAGAUUGAAUAAAUCAGAUAA